AGACGUACACAUACACACACACACAUUCGAGCCAUUAUCGGUCCAGGGAGUUUGAAGGAAGGAAGAAGAAGAAGAGCAAGAGAAGGCACAUCGCGGUUUUUUUCCAUUACAACUUGCGACGUAAAUUUGUCGCCUUUCGAGCCCUCUAUUUCCUUAAACGAAAGGCGAUAAGUGACAUACAAACUUUUUCCUGCUAAGGACAAUAGAAACGUGACCAUUGUUUUGGAAAGAAAUCUGGAUCCCAAGAAAAAUCAAUGUCGGGGGUUGCAACCUGAUGUCGCGUCGCGAAAAGUGACAGGAGUCUCGUCGGCACGCGGCUAAUUGCGGCAUUGAAUAUGCCACGGCGUCAGGUUAUGUUACGACAUCCGUCAUAAUAAACACAUAUAUACUCGCAAUGUCUGUAUGAUACAAUAUUGAUGAGGCGACUCAAAGACUGACGAGAUGUUGAAGCUGGACGAAAUCGAGUGUAAGAACGUGUCCAAGAAAGCGAGGAAGAAUCUGGAGGACAAGAAGAAUAAGGGUCACAAGAAGAAUAAACAUACCAGCAGCGGUGGACACAAGCUGAGAAGCAACAUGGAGCAACUUGCUCCGUGCAAGACAGAACCUGAGGAAGAGGAGACCUUGGAACUGUUGUAUCUCACAAAGGAUCCUAUGGCGUCCGAUGUCACCUGUAAAUUGGAAGAGGAACCAUCUGUGUCCGAGAACGAGAAUGAUUAUAUCCUGGUACCUCCGUUGGAGAGUCUGAAAGAUGCAGGAGUUAGUAUGGAAGAAUUGUUGGAGCAGAGUGUGCACAAUAUCUCUAAGAAUCAAAAGAAUGGUAGGUGGACACACAGUUACAAGAUGAUAUUCUUGAGAAAGUGCUUGGCUGAUGGGAAUGAGUCGACGGAGGAUGAGAUCAGUCAGAGCACAUCCUCUGACCAGCACGAGCGUAUUCCCAAGAUCGAGGAUUUCACAUACGAGAAUUCGAGAAAAAUCAAAAGGGACCAAAAGUGGACGAGGAAAUUGAAUCCUCUGUCCCUGCAUUAUACGGAUAAAAAUAGACCCUAUUUAAAGUGCUCGGCAUGCGGCGCAACCUUCUUCAGUCCGAAUACGUAUCAGAGGCAUCUAAUCUCCCACGUGCAUGAAACGGAGGAGAGUUACACGUGCAAUUUUUGUAAUUAUACAAACACAGAACUCGGAAUGUUAUUUGCUCACUUGACUAAGCAUCAAAACCAAUGUGAAUCCUGUAACGAGAAUCUAUUGCGGAAGGAUCACUACGAAAAGCAUCAGCGUGCGAGCAGCUCGUUGGAGUUCACGUUGAAGCGCGAUCAACACGGGAUGUUUGUCUGCGGGAUUUGCGAUUUGGUGUUCGAUCUUUCGGCUCAAUUGGAAAAACACUGGUUCAAACAUACCUGCAAGAGACGAAAAUCCUAUCAGUGCAACGAGUGCAGCGGCAUGUAUGAGAACCUGGAGACCCUGAAGAACCACAUAUGCUUGAAGUGUCCCAUUUGCGGCGAGGUUUACGAGAGUCUGCACAGAUUAAAGACGCACACCAGGUGGACGAAGCAUAAUCUAAAGUGUCCAAUCUGCUCCUACGAAUUCGUUCUCUCUAUGGAUCACAAAAAGCACAUGGCUCUACACAGAAAGGUUUAUCAGCCCAUGAAAGAUUAUACGCAUUGUUUGCGCGCGGCCGAUGGCAAGACUUUCCAAUGCAACCUCUGCGACAAGAUAUUUUACACCUUACAACCCCUAUUCACGCAUCUCACGGAGGAACACAAUGUGGGGAAUGUAAAAACGGAAGAGGCGAUGGAAGAUGAAACUUACGAACUGAAGGGAGACGCUAUUAAUAUAGUUGUAAUUCCUGACUUUAAAAAUGAGUGUGACUACUUUGAUAACUGUGAAGAUAUUGAUCCUAUGCAACAGGACACUGAUCUCUACGAUCCAUCAUAAAAGACGAGAGAAUAUCGAUCCGCUUGAGCUUAAGUUUGUAAAAAUAGAGGCGACACAUUUCUUCUGAAAAGAAUUGUUGGAGCUUUUGCCAACUUCUCAAGGAUUCUCAUAAUACUGAUACUCAAAUCGGACUACCAAAUGAUGAAAACUGAUACAAUUGUAAGUGCCGUUUACAAAUUAUAGAUAUGUAACUUAUGUAUAAAACGCUAUUUUUAAAGAUG